UCCACGAUGUUGUUCGGAGAAUGGAAAUUCGGGCAAGUGAGAUAUUCUAAUUCGUCAACAAAUUUGUUUUCACAGACCAAUUUGUUUCGUAAACAAUCGUUCGAAAAUACAUCCGACUCGUUUGUUACGCCACCAAUGGAUAAAAUAUGUAUAACAACGCCAAAGGCACCAGUCAAGUAUAAAAAGCAAAUUAAGAAGGGAGGUUUAAGGCCAAAAAAGUUACAUUACACCGACGAUGAAAUGGAUGACAUAGAUAGCGGCGUUUAUAUUCAAUUUAACCAAUCAAAUGAUAUGUUUCACAAACAACGUAUAGCAAAAUGCAAUAGAUUCGAUUCUUCGCAGAGUCAAAUACAUAGAUUACGCGCGAAAUUAGACAAGAUUAAGGUACAAACGAACGAUAAAGAGAACGAUAAAAAUAUUAUAGGAAACAACAAAAACAAUGUAGUACAAGAAUCUCCUGUAGUAUUCAAUCCAAAUGCAAAAACAUUAUCACAAUGUGACAAUAAUCUUAAUUGGAAAGAAAAAUUAUAUUGGCUACAGUCUAGAAGGGAUGUUGGUGUAUGGAUUGAAUGCUGUAGAAAAAAAUGUAAAAAAUGGAGAUACAUUGAAGAUUAUCAUGAUCCGAUAGAUGUGCCUAAAAUAUGGUACUGCGAAAUGAAUUCUGGUCUGUACAUUUUGUUUUGAAAUAUAUUGUACGUUUCAUAUGUA